AUUAAAUGAGUGAAGCUGAUAAUAAGAUUAUAGGUAAUUAUAUUUAAAACACCAAAAGAAAAUUGGGACAAGGCUUAGUAUGCUCGGUAUUCAAAAUAGUUAUGAUUAGGUUUAUGAAGCAAAAUUUUUAGAAACAAAUAAGUAUGUCGCUUUAAAAAAAAUAUCAAGAAACAGUUUAGAUUCCAGAAUCAUCUCAGAUUAAAGAUUAUAAAAAUCAUAUGCCUUAGAGAUAGAAAUUUUACAAUAAUGUAAGCAUCGAAAUGUAAUUUCCCUUGUGGAUCACUUUGAAACACAAGAUCAUUUUUACAUCAUACUUGAGUUAUGCGAUUGUAAUAUUUAAAUUGAAUAAUAAGCAAAUCUGAAGGAAUAUUUAGAAAAUAAGGAUGGCCAAAGAUUGGAGGAAGAUGAAGCAAUGGAUAUUUUUUCAUAAAUUGUUGAAGGUGAGAAAUGGUAAAAUUAAAUUAAUUUUUAAGCCUUCAUAAUUAAAAAUACUCUCAUAGGGAUAUAAAACUAGAAAAUAUAUUGCUCAAGGACGGUUGCGUAAAAAUAACAGAUGUCAACUUGGCAAAAAAUAUAGAGGAUAUGUAUAAAGCAGCAGCUCACUCUCGUGUGGGGUCUCCUAUUUAUUCAGCCCCUGAAGUGAACUCUAAUACAAAUUUCUGUCCUUAUAAAGCAGAUAUUUUUUCUUUAGGAAUUGUGUUAUCUGAAAUGUUGCAUGGCUUGAUUGAUAGAUAAUUAGAUAUCACAAACUAUGAAAAAAGAAAUAAAAAUAAUUUAAAUAAAAUUAGAUAUGAAUUAUAGGAACUUCUUAAUAGAAUGUUAGAAAAAGAUCCGUAAAAUCGAGCUGAUUGGUCAGAUGUAUCUGCUUUUAUAUGGUACUAUAAGAAAAAAAAUUUAUUAAAUAAAAUAAUAAGUAGCUUUUCUGAAUUAAGACAAUCCAUAACAGAUGAAAAUACCAAAGAUUUUAUGUUUCCAACUGGUCUUUUGAUUAUAAAAUAAUAUAAUAAACUGAUACAAGAAAAACAAUUAGAACUUUAAGCUAGAAAUAAAUACAAUUAUGCAAAUGAGUUGAAGUAGCAUGAAGAGUUAAAAUUUUAUUUGUAAAACGCAAAGUAUAAAAAUAAUUAUCCCAUUUAGAAAGUGGUAUGAAAAUCAAAAAAGAAAUUAAGCCUAAAUACUUUGUGAAUCUAAUGAUCUAACUGAUGAGUUAAGAUACUUAGAAAGAAACAAAAAUAAUUUUAAUACCCAUUAUUAAUGUUAUUUAGCUGCAUUUUACAAAAAGUUAAAUAAUAUAGCAUUCAAUUCAAUAGAGUUGAAUUUCAAAAUUAAAUAUUUUUAACUUAAAUUAUUGCUUGCCUGCGAUUUAAUAUAUGACCUCGUAAAAUUAUAAUAUCUUAUAUUAGUAAAAUGUACAAACAUUAUUAUUAAGCAAAAACUUAUAGAUAGAAAAUAUUUUAACCUUUAAUAAUUGCUUAGAGGACAUUGAGUAGAUAGAAAAGUAUACAUAAGCUCUUUUACCCAUAUUUAAUGAAAUCCUUACAUGAUUUAUU